ACUCGGGUCGGAAGCGCGGCCCGGCGGCCGAGGGGCUGCGGGGGGGGGGGGCUUCCUGUCACUUGCGGGCGUGUCACCCAGCGUUUGUUUGCGGUGCAUGAGGACAAGAACGGCUAGAAAAUGCACUGCAGGGAAGUGCAGCUCUCCCCAGAUAUGGACAGAGGCCGGUUCACCCGCCGUGACCCAGGCAAACAAAGCCACGAGCAGAGUCAUAUUAAAGCAGGAAAGGAGAAAGCAAAAGGAAUUCUUUGAAAAGAAAAAACUUAAAUCAAAGAUGAAGCUUCUGGGAGUAUCAUCUCCUAAAAGUUCAGCAGUCAGCUUAGAUCUCCUCAACCUCUAUGUUGUUAACCAGAUAUCGACCAAAAAAGACAGCACUGGCAACCUGAAAAAGCCAGUCCAUGUUGAUAUAACUGAAAAUGUAAAAGCCCCUUUUAGAAGGAACAACAUAGAGCUUCCCAGGUCACCACUACGAAACCAAUUUGCAGCACACUUAGAUGACAUCAAGAACAGGUUACAAGAGCAAGUACUGGACAGCAGAAGGCAGCAUCUCUUAGAGAAAGAAAAAUAUCAACGUAAAUUAACGCAAGUAACAGAACUAACUUACGCUGAAUGUAUGGGACAUGAAGACAACACAGCAUCAGCUUUGAGCACCUGUCCAUUGUCUCCUUCUAUUUUUUGGUCCUCUAACUGUGCACAGUAUUCAGAAGAAAGUUUCAAUACAAACUUAAUGGGUGACCCUUGGGAACAGACUUAUGAAGAUAAGCUAAAGAAGCAGUCAAGAACUAUUUCUGAGCAAGACCCUUGGACUUCAAAUCACUCAAGCCAAUGUAUGUUCAGGAAGUCUGAUACAGAGCCUCAGGAGCUACUGAAGCCAUUGCACAGGCUGGACUAUGUGAAUUGUGCCAGGAAAGAUCCAGUGAUAAUGGCCAGAAAAGAAUCAGAAAACACUGAAGGAAUAAAAGAAUUACUGUUUGGUGUCAUGAAAGAAACUGCAGACCUGAGAGUUCCUCAAGAUGAAAAUGACUGCCCCUUUCUGUCCCUGUUUGGAGAUGAGAGCCAACCAAUCUAUAAUAAAGCUUCCACAAAGCAUUGUAAUCCGUACGUUAACCAAAGCACUGCUCCUGUUUUUCUCAUUGAUCCUGAUAAUAGAAAUCAAAUGACCAGCAGGAACUAUAUAUACAAUACUGGAGAGGCUCAUCCUGCAAUUAAUGCAAGAAAAAAUUCUGUAGACAGACACCGAAAAGGCAUUUUCACAGCUCCAGAGCAGGUUUUAUGUAAAAGCAACAAUGCACCAUCUGCAAACUACAAGAAAAACAGCCUUCAUAAAUCCCACCUUCAGGACUGUCGUGAGGGACAGCUCUACUUAUUAUCACCUGGAAACAAAGAGACAUCUUCAACGUCUGAAAAGAGUGAACCAUAUGCUUAUUAUUGUGAUCAGCAGAUUAACUUAAAGGAGAGCAUGCAGAACCAUUCGAGAAAUAAAAGAGAUGAGUCCGUGGAAGAAUCGGUUUGGAAACAGAACCAGCUUUUUGAAUUGGAAGAGCUUGUGAAAGCACAGCAGAAGGAAUACAGCUUUGGAGUGAGUUCAAACCUUCGCAGGAUGAAGCAGGCCCAUUUUUCAGAUGCGGAGUCCCCGCUCAGCAGCCCGUCUCCCAGUUACUCUCCAAGACAGACUGAAAGCUGCUUCAGCUCCAGCCCUGACACGUCUGAAGAGGAAGAUGCAGCCAGGAAGAAGACGCACACGGACAAGCAGCACCUCCGGACAGACAGUGCCAACCUCAUCUCAGCUCCCACACGCACAGAGCCCACCAGGGCUGCUCACAACGGAGCUGUGCCUUCCCUGCCCAGCAGCAGCCCGGCUAUGGAAGGAGCCGGCCAUCUUCAGCAGAACAACUCCAUCUCACACAGCAGAGAGGAGCAGAAGGAGCACGCUGCUCUAUGUGAGGGCAGCUCCUUACACCAAACCCACAGGAGAACACACGACACGCAGAGCGCAAGGUGCGACGUUUGGGUGCAGACCGAGAGCUCCGGCCCGCAAACGGGGAAAGUGGAUGCGGGCACCCAGUGUGACCUGAUGCGGGUGUGCAGCUGCGGGCUGCGUCCCACCGGCACCGCUGGGGGGCACAAAACGCCCGAGCAUCACGCACCGCCCGCAGGCGGCUCAGCGCGGACAGCAGCGCUCAGCUCUGAAUCCGAGUACAUCACUUUGGCUGACAGAACAACGCUGGACAUUCUGAACUACAUUGAUACAAUGAAGGGGGGAGAAAAGCAGUGACCGGCUGAUACGGCAUGGGAAGGAACAGAAAGAAUGCUCCCCAAUUUCAUCCUGUUCCCAGUAGGUUUCAUUUAACAGAUCUAUUUGGAUUUUGCUAACCUGGCUAGAAAAAAUAUCUUCUGUAGUCUGUUUGCUUAUAAACUAAUACUAACUAUGAAUCUCUGCCUAUCAACUGCCAUCUCUGCCUGUCUGCAGACCUCAAACUGAUAACACAACAGUGAUUUUACAAUGGCUUCUUAAACAUAAACCUUAGGAACGAGAUUUGCUUCCCCACCUGUCGGGUUCUGGAGUUGGAAGGUGACUUUGCUGCUCCUGGAAGUAGAGGAAAAGAUCCGUUUCACUUCAAGGCACGUCUGACAUCACUCGGUUCAGAACUGUUGUCAAAUCCUCACCUGUUCUAAGAGGAAAAGCUGCCUUUGGUUUGCACUGAACAUCAACAUGGAAAUAUGGAAACAGGAAGUGCACAGCAGCGCAUGGCAAUAUGGAAAUGAAACAGCGCACAGCAGCGUACAUAGAAUCAAACGUGACUUUAAAGGAACAAAUUUAUUCAUUUUUCACCCAAAGAGAUCCCACCAAAACCAGAGUAAGGUGUCAGCAGAAAGGCCUCAGCUCCUUCCACAGCACAUCUAUGGGUUCGUUCUGACUGUUUGCACUGACAAAUAUUUGAUGUGUUCCUGUGUUUUGCCCGUGGAUUGAAAGUAUGAAUUACUUCCCUUCUCACUGCAGUGUUUGUGCAAGGCUUCAAAUAGCAACAAAUAAACGUUUCUGAUAAUGUCC